AUUGGCUGUAUAUGCUUUAUUCGUGUACCAUCCACUGUUGAACACUGUUUAUCCUUAUCCCUUUAUUCUGUGUCUGGUAAUCACUUGCUUUUUGAAGAACACUUGGAUCGCCUUUGACACAGCUCUACUAUUUUUACUUAUUGAUCCACAUUGACCAUGCAUUUUGACGACAUUCAGUCACAAACACCUCCCGAUUAAGUACCGUAUUCUAAAAAAUUCCUGUGUUUUCAGAUUUUACGCGUCACUCUACGUGUGGUUUUAAUAAUCGAUCGAUUAUCGUCUCGAAUUUCCUCUGGAAGACAUUCAUAUAUGUACUAUCUCAAUUUUUACUCUUAUGUGCAUCAGCAUAUAAGAAUCAACUCACGAUUACUUAGAUUAUGAAGUUUUUUAAGUUUUUUGGAAUUAUAUUAACUCUUUCAUCUCUCUUUUGUAGAUAAUCAGUUGUGAUCACAAACGGAGAAUAAUUAAAUGAAUAUACUACUGGCCGCUUGGUGAAUUUACUGUGUGUGAAAAUCUAAUUCCACCUUUCCUUUUUCUAAAAUUUUAUCAAUAUUAUUGCCUGUAAUCUCUUAACAAGAACUGUUUUUUUAUAUUCCACUAGGACCAGCUAACAUUAUUAAGAAAAGGUUUUUGUAGAAUGUGUGAAAUAGAUUUAUAUAGAAAAACUAAAAUAGAUAUUCCAAUGUUGGCUGCUGGAAUGAUCCUGUGCAUAUUAAGUUGUUUAAUGAUUUCUGUUGGAAUAGCCAGAGUACGUGAAGAUGUUUGGAUAGCAGGGAUUCUGGUAGCUAUCGUCGGUGUACCUUUAUUCCUGUUUUCUUUGGUUGUAUUUUGUGUUAUUCGAACUAACAAUUACAUAGAAGUUUAUCCAAAACAAUAUGUCCUUGGAAAGUUACCGCCUCCGACUUUCACUAGUAUACCUUCGACAAUUGGACCUUUGUAUCGUUCGCAAACACUGUUAAAAGUUUAAAAUAUUUUUAAGUCUGUAUCUGAUCUCAUUUUACAAAUAACUUUUUUGUUUGUUUGUUGGUUUGUAUUAUCUAUAUCUCUUUUUACGUUUUA